AUGGCAGGGGGUUUUGGAGCGGCAACGGGGGGCAAAGAAUUCGAAGCGAAGAUCACUACACUUGUGAUCAUUUCUUGCAUAAUGGCCGCUACUGGGGGCCUUAUGUUUGGCUACGAUGUUGGUAUUUCAGGGGGUGUUACAUCGAUGCCCGAAUUUCUGAAGGAGUUCUUUCCAGUAGUCUAUAAAAAUCAACAAAUUCCAGGACUUGCAGGAAAUUACUGCAAAUACGAUAAUCAAGGGCUGCAAUUGUUCACAUCUUCAUUGUAUCUUGCUGCUUUAAUAGCAACCUUCUUUGCGUCAUACACAACUAAAACACUAGGUCGAAAGAUUACCAUGUUGAUUGCUGGGAAUUUAUUUUUAGUUGGAACAGCUUUUAAUGCUGCAGCUGUUAACCUUCCAAUGCUUAUUGUUGGGAGGCUUUUACUUGGUUGCGGAGUUGGUUUUGCUAACCAGGCAAUUCCACUAUUUCUUUCUGAGAUUGCACCCACAAGAAUUCGUGGGGCACUCAAUAUACUCUUCCAGCUCAAUAUCACCAUUGGCAUUCUUGUUGCAAACUUGAUCAAUUAUGGUACAGCGAAACUUGCGCACGGAUACGGAUGGAGAAUAUCGUUGGGUUUGGCUGGGAUUCCGGCACUUCUGUUAACCGUGGGGUCUCUUGUUGUGGUAGACACUCCUAACAGUUUGAUCGCACGAGGUAAAUUGGAGGAAGGAAAAGCAAUUCUUAGAAGGAUUCGUGGUGCUGAUAAUGUUGAUCCAGAAUACUCAGAAAUUGUUGAGGCAAGUCGUGCGGCCGCAGAAGUGAAAAAUCCUUUCCAAAACCUCCUUAAGCGAAGGAAUAGGCCUACUCUGGUCAUUGCAAUUAUGAUGCAGAUCUUCCAACAAUUCACAGGCAUCAACGCUAUCAUGUUUUAUGCUCCAGUUUUGUUCCAGACCUUGGGAUUUAAGAGUGAUGCUUCCCUAUACUCAGCUGUUAUAACUGGACUAGUCAAUGUCCUCUCAACUCUUGUAUCAGUCGUCUUUGUGGAUAAAGCUGGUCGCCGAAUGCUUUUGAUCGAAGCUGGGGUUCAAAUGUUCCUUUCUCAAAUGGGAGUUGCAAUAGUGAUGGGACUCAAAGUUAAGGAUCAUUCUAACAACCUCGGACAUGGCUUGGGAGUUCUUGUGUUGGUUUUCGUAUGCAGCUUUGUGGCAUCAUUUGCAUGGUCGUGGGGACCCCUUGGGUGGUUGAUCCCUAGUGAGACAUUCGCCGUUGAAGCUCGCUCUGCUGGCCAAAGUGUGACUGUUAGUACUAACAUGCUCUUCACAUUUGUCAUAGCACAGGCCUUCCUCUCAAUGCUGUGUCACAUGAAGUUUGGGAUAUUUAUUUUCUUCUCGGGUUGGGUCUUGGUCAUGACACUCUUUACGAUCUUCUUUAUUCCUGAGACCAAGAAUAUCCCCAUUGAUGAGAUGAAUGAUCAAGUGUGGAAGAAACACUGGUAUUGGAAAAGAUACAUGAAUGACUUCCAAGAUGGACCAAAUGGAAAAUAUCCUCAAGUUUAA